AUGCGAGGGCUAGUGGCAAGGGCGAACUACCACCGGGGAGGCACAGAGAACACCGUGAGGCGGUACAGAGGCCAUCCUGUCACGCAUCCGCAGGAUAUCGAGACACAGCAGUCAGAUUUGCAGCAAUGUUUUUGGUCCUUGAUCAUUGUCGAGAUAACAGACCUUAUCUCACCAUUGGACCAUAAAAUUCAGCGAAGAAGUCUGUUCCAGGAGUAA